AUGGGGGAAACAGAUGACAGGCCAGCAUAUCUCACUGCCAACAAUGCCAAAUACUCCCUCGGCAUCCAUCGUGGCCCAUUAAUCUCCAAAAAUGCCGACGAAGGCGCCGGUCUCGCCCAGGUCGAAUCGGCUGGUGGCAUGUCAUUGGAGACAAAGAAAUUGAAAGCCAAAGAGAAAUUCCAACGCCAUUGGAAGCGAUUUUGGUGUUUGCAUCUUUUCGUGACCAUUAUCUUCCUGGCCAUUUUCUUACCAGUCUUCUUCUUGGUUGCCAUCCCCGCUAUCUCUCAGAUGGUCGUCAAUAAGUCUGACUUGGUUCUCGUGAGCGCGGCGGUUCUCAACCCGCGACCGGACAUGAUCUCAUUGACCCUGGAAUCGGCGAUCAACCUGAAGCUCGCGCUACCCGUGCGCAUUGACCCAAUCAACGUGGAUCUAUUCGUGCGCGACGCGGGUGCAAGCAAUGCAUGGGCCAACACAACCAUUGACGGAAAGGUCAUCAAGGGUAAUAGCACCCUUGCGGUUAAGGACGUUGAGACGCCAAUCUCCAACCAGACCACCUGGGUGGAAUAUGUGCACAAUGUCGUGAACAAGAAGGAUACCGCACUGUCGAUCAAGGGUACAACAAUGUCGUACCUGGGCGUCCUCAAGUCCAAGGUUACCAUGGACAAAGACGUCGUAUCACCAGUAUUGGAUCAAUUCAAAGGCUUCACAGUCUCCGAUAUGGGUCUCGUCGCCAAGGGCGAUGACGGCUCAAACCUCCAGGGCAACGCCACCCUUCCAAACCAUUCACUACUCACCCUAGACCUGGGCACGAUCGUUUUGGAUGUGAAGAGUGGCAAUCUCACCAUCGGCAACGCAACCUUGAAAGAUGUUACCAUCUACCCCGGAAACAACACCUUCCCUCUGACCGGUGUCUUGGACAUAUCAAAGGUCAUCCACAACCUAGGCGCGGUCCUCGCAUCCCAAGCCUCGGCUCUUAAGACCGGCAACUUAGCCCUGGAUACUAUUACCACAAGCAUUACCUGGAACGGAACGCUGGUACCUUACUACACGAAGGUGAUGUCUGGCCUGACAUUAACAGCCAACUUGGGAGUCGCCGAUCUUCUCAAAAACUCCAUCCACAAUCUCCUCAGCGGGAACAGCAGUAUCACCGAUGCCCUGCAUAGUGUCGGCGGUCUGAGUGGGCUGGUGGGUAAUCUAACGGAUAGCCAAGGAGCAAGUGACACAGCCAGUGCAGCAUUAGCGGAGAGCUCGAAACUCGAUGAUCUCAAGUCCAAGCUGAAGAGCAAUGUCGCUGUGCGAGAUAUGUUCAAGGACCAUUCUGUCCAGAAGCGGGAUGGAAUUGUCGAUGCGCUGGCUGGGAUGUAUAUGAAGUUGUGA